AUGCGCGGCGGGCAGGACUCGGUUCGGGCCCCAGUGCUCAGGUUCACCAACUGCCGCCUUCUGCGGGCCGGCAAGCUACUCAGGGAGGACCUGUGGGUCCGUGAGGGCCGCAUUCUGGACCCGGAAAAGCUCUUUUUUGACGAGCAGCGCUUGGCUGACCAGCAGCGGGACUGCGGGGGCUGCAUUCUGGCGCCGGGCUUCAUCGACGUGCAGAUCAACGGCGGGUUUGGCGUUGAUUUCUCUCAAGCCACCGAGGACGUGGGGUCAGGAGUCGCCCUGGUGGCCCAGAAAAUCCUGGCACAUGGAGUCACAUCCUUCUGCCCCACGCUGGUCACAUCCCCGCCUGAAGUUUAUCACAAGGUCCUUCCUCACAUCCCUGUGAAGAGAGGUGGCCCCCAUGGGGCAGGGGUCCUCGGAGUACACCUGGAAGGUCCAUUCAUCAGCCAGCAGAAACGGGGUGCACACCCCGAGGCCCACCUCCGCUCCUUUGAAGCCAAUGCCUUCAAAGACGUGUUGGCCACCUACGGAUGCCUGGACAACGUGUGCAUCCUGACUCUUGCCCCUGAGCUGGACCGCAGCCAUGAGGUGAUCCGGGAGCUGACGGCCCUCGGCAUCCGCGUGUCCCUCGGGCACUCGGUGGCUGACCUGCAGAUGGCAGAGAAGGCGGUGCAGAGCGGGGCCACCUUCAUCACCCACCUCUUCAACGCCAUGUUACCAUUCCACCACCGAGACCCAGGCAUCGUGGGGCUCCUGACCAGUGACCAGGUGCCCGCAGGCCGCUGCGUCUUCUACGGGAUGAUUGCUGACGGCAUCCACACUAACCCGGCCGCCCUGCGCAUUGCCCACCGGGCCCACCCCCAGGGGCUGGUACUGGUGACUGAUGCCAUCCCUGCCCUAGGCCUGGGCAAUGGCCGCCACACACUGGGGCAGCAGGUGGUGGAGGUGGACGAGUUGUCGGCCUAUGUGGCAGGUACCACAACGCUCUGCGGCAGCAUUGCUCCCAUGGACGUGUGCGUGCGGAACUUCCUGGAAGCCACAGGCUGCAGCCUGGAGUCGGCCUUGGAGGCUGCUUCCCUGCACCCUGCACAGCUGCUGGGGCUGGAGGAAUGCAAAGGGACCCUAGACUUCGGAGCUGAUGCAGACUUUGUGCUGCUGGAUGAUGCCCUCCACGUUCAGGCCACCUACAUCUCGGGUGAGCUGGUGUGGCAGGCGGAGGUGGCCAGGCCAUGA